UUGAUUAGUAGAGUGCUACAGCUUUUGGUCCCAACUGGCUGGCUGCUCUUCCUAUAGGCUUGUCACAGGGAGGACCACUGUGUCUCAUUGUAGUGCUCUGACAGGAGCGGACGGAGCAAGAGAGAGAGAGAGAGAAAGGAGAGAGAGAGAAGAGAGAGAGGACAGAGAGAGGAGGAGAGAGGCGAAAGAAACUUUGAUUUAUAGAGGAGGUUUUCUCACAUUAUGGUGGCAGUGAACAGAUGGAUUCCGUAGAACUUUCCCUGCCUCAGUGUUUCUCCCUGCGCUCUGAUCAAGAGUAGGAUGAACUUAACAAAGGCCCAGGUUAAUAGUGAAGAUAAGUACGGCAAAUGUGGCAGCGCGUGGAGAAUGCAACAGACUUACGACCUCGACGCCACUCACAUGCGUGACGCACAUGCACUUUAUAACCCAAGGCUCCUGUGCAGAAUGUCCAGCAAAGAGCGUCACAUAGAGUCCAGCUGUUCCUCGUACAUUAAGACCGAGCCCUCCAGUCCCGCCUCCCUGGCUGACAGCAUCAACCAUCACAGCCCUGGGGGCUCCAGCGACGCCAGCGGCUCCUACAGCUCCACCAUGAACGGCCACCAGAACGGCCUGGACUCCCCCACCCUGUACGGGCCCGGGGCCGGCCCGUUGGGCUCCGCCGGGGCCUCCAAGCGCUACGAGGACUGCUCCAGCACCAUCGGGGAGGACUCGCAGAUCAAGUGCGAGUACAUGUUGAACUCCAUGCCCAAGAGGCUGUGCCUGGUGUGCGGCGACAUCGCCUCGGGGUACCACUACGGCGUGGCGUCCUGCGAGGCCUGCAAGGCCUUCUUCAAGAGGACCAUCCAAGGGAACAUUGAGUACAGCUGCCCUGCCACCAACGAGUGUGAGAUCACCAAGAGGAGACGCAAGUCCUGCCAAGCCUGUCGCUUCAUGAAGUGUCUGACCGUUGGCAUGAUGAGAGAAGGGGUGCGGCUGGAUCGGGUUCGUGGCGGCAGACAAAAGUACAAGCGCCGGAUAGAUGCUGAGAACAGCCCUUACCUCAACCCACAACUGGCCCUGCCGCCUAAAAAGCCAUUUCCGUUUGGCUGCCUUGCAGAUAACAAGAUCGUGUCCCACCUGCUGGUGGCUGAGCCGGAGAAGAUCUACGCCAUGCCGGACCCCACGGUCCCUGACAGCGACAUCAAAGCCCUGACCACGCUGUGUGACCUGGCUGACCGCGAGCUGGUGGUCAAUAUCGGCUGGGCCAAACACAUCCCAGGGUUCUCCACGCUGUCCCUGGCGGACCAGAUGAGUCUCCUGCAGAGUGCCUGGAUGGAGAUCCUCAUUCUACGGGUGGUGUACCGCUCGCUGUCCUUCGAGGACAAGCUGGUGUACGCCGAGGACUACAUCAUGGACGAGGACCAGUCUAAGCUGGCGGGCCUGCUGGACCUGAACAACGCCAUCCUGCAGCUGGUGAAGAAAUACAAAGCCAUGAAGCUGGAGAAGGAAGAGUUUGUCACUCUCAAGGCUAUCGCUCUGGCUAACUCAGACUCCAUGCACAUAGAGGACGUGGAGGCCGUGCAGAAGCUCCAGGACGUGCUCCACGAGGCCCUGCAGGACUACGAGGCGGGCCAGCACACAGAGGACCCACGGCGGGCAGGCAAACUGCUGAUGACCCUGCCCCUGCUCCGCCAGACGUCCACCAAGGCCGUGCAGCACUUCUACAGCAUCAAGCAGGACGGCAAGGUCCCCAUGCACAAACUCUUCCUGGAACUGCUGGAGGCCAAGGUCUGAUUGGCCAACCACGUCCACGUCCUCCAAUAUUUUGGUCACAUCAUGGCUCCUCCCAUCGACCCCUGUAACCCCACAUGACCCUCGAACACCCGAAUCUGCCGCCCACUGCGAGAAAUGGACGGGACUAACCUCUGACCUUUACCCACUGACCUGUGUCAUAGGGGAGACACUAACACUGAGACGGCACCUCGGCUGGACAGUAAACAUGAAACAAAUCAGUUACCAUGACAACGGGACUGUAAACUAUUGACUAUUGAC